UCGUCGUCUCGCUAGCGAUCAUUGGGUCCACUCCAACGCAAAUACCGAGCAGUGUUGCAUGCCCCAUUCUAGGCACUGCGCGAUAUCCUCAAGUACUGUACCGGUGCCGAGGUGACUGCGGCACCGAAGGCCGAUGAACCGACACAUAUUCCUUACUCACCCCUAUGUUUAUUCGACCGCAAUCGUACCGGCUAUCGUAAACCGGAAGGUGGCGACCGGCUUGGUCCGUUCAGCCCAUCGUAAGUGGAUGUAAGAGCGUUGCAGAUGCGAGAUGCUUCAUUACAGCAAACCCCACCAAUUCCGGCUGAGGGCGAGCUAAGGCGCGGUACUUGUGAAACCCAUCCUGCAGCAAGAUUGUUUCGUGCAGAUCGAUCAAAGCCGUGUCACACACUCCUCACUGUUCCUAGACCUCGGGUGGUGCAUUCGCAAACAUGCCUGCCACGCUGCCAAACGGUAUCCCAAUACCUGAAGUGCCGUUGAGCUUCGUACCCGCCAAGGCCGGUGAAGUGAUCAAGCUUGGCCAAUUGACAUGCCGCAUUAUGGAGGAUGGCUCCAACACGGAUAACAGAAUUGGCGUUGCUGAGCUGAUCCUGCCACCUAAAACGCCCGGUCCGCCACCGCACUGGCACGAGAUGCACGACGAAACAUUCUUCGUCACGAAGGGCACGAUUCGCUUCCACGUGCCCGAGCCCGGAAGCCCGGGCGUCGACAAGAAAGUCGUGGAUGCAAAGGCCGGAGAUUACAUGGUUGUCCCCAUCCGCUCGCCGCAUACCUUCAGCAACCCAUUCGAUGAAGAGGGCAGGAUCUUCUUCACGACGACGCCAUCGUUCUACAUUAAUUACUUCAAGCUGCUAUCCACACUUGGCGAGGAGGGCAAGCCGAUGCCGGCAGAGGUCAACAUGACAGCCAUGGCAUUGUAUGCCACUACGCUUGUCGACAAGCAGCCAAGAAAGCCCGAGUAG